GACUCUGGGUUGUGCUGGCAAUAUAUGAAUCAGUUCUUUCAGUAGAACAGAUGCAAAAAAGUACACGCUUUGCAUGCAAAAGUUUAUCCCUAUCUACACUAGAAGAUGGCUGAAACAGAAACGAGCAGCGUCAGAAGAAACAGCAAGUAUACUAACUUGACUGUGAGAGGAAACACAAGUUUUAAGGAGAAGCUAGCUCUGAAGAACAGUUUGGCAAAGGAAACCCUCUCUGAGUUUUUAGCCACAUGUGUGUUGAUUAUUUUGGGCUGUGGGUGCAUUGCCCAAAGUGUUCUGAGUAAAGGAGCAGCGGGAGGAUUUCUGACCAUUAACCUUGGCUUUGCAAUAGCGGUCACUAUGGCUAUCUAUGUUUCUGGAGGAGUGUCUGGUGGCCAUAUAAAUCCUGCUGUUUCAUUUGCUAUGUGUUUAACUGGAAGAUUAAAGUGGGCUAAACUCCCUUUUUAUGUGAUUGCACAGUUUUUGGGUGCAAUGACUGGAUCAGCAGCAGUUUUUGGAAUCUAUCAUGAUGCACUCAAAGAGUAUACUGGUGGGGUGCUCACAGUUGUUGGCCCAAAUGCCACAGCACAUAUUUUUGCAACAUACCCAUCUCCAUUUCUCUCCAUUGCAAAUGGAUUUGUUGAUCAAGUGAUAUCUACUACCCUUCUGCUUAUUGUGGUGUUUGCAAUAUUUGAUAACAAAAACCUUGGAACUCCAAAGGGACUAGAACCCAUUGCUGUUGGCCUCUUGAUUUUGCUUCUAGGAUUAUCCUUGGGUCUUAACUCUGGAUGUGCAAUGAACCCAGCUCGAGAUUUAGGACCAAGGAUCUUCACAGCAUUAGCCGGAUGGGGGACUGAAGUAUUUACAGCUGGAAAUAACUGGUGGUGGGUUCCCGUAGUUGGACCUAUGGUUGGAGCUCCCAUUGGUGCCUUUAUAUACAUCAUCUGCAUAGAAGCUCAUCACAGAGACAACUUAGACGAUAUGAAACCCAAAAUGGAAGCCGAUAAUUAUGAGAAACACGAACUUACCAACAUGGCAUGAGAGAACGUAAAACUUUGUGUGAAAGAGCUGGAACCCUCACAUCAAUAGGGUUAAAUGGCAGAAUUUUGAAUUAAAAUGAAGAGCCGUGCAUGUACAAUUUCCUCCCAUUUUACAUACACAUUAGAUUUGGUUUUAAUGUGAUGGGAGUAAUAGCACAAGAAAUAUUACCAGUUCAAUGUGAGUGCUCAUUUUUUAAAUGGCUUGCAGUUUUAUUGUAUCCAGAACUAGUCCAGGUAAAGCCAUAGAGAGAUAAUUGUAUAACCUCCUAAUUGCUAUAACAUAAAUCAUGUCUCUUAAUAUAGCACUAAUGGACCAUAUACUUGGUUACAAAGGUGCUUGCAGGUAAUUGGUAUUGUCAAACAUUAAUGUGCAAUAAAUGUCAUCAAUCAUCAACACCAUUAAAAUAUGCUAGGUGGUAAAAUGAUUUUACUGUUAGAGGCCAACAGUUUUACUUUUAUAGGAUACAUUGGAUACAUUCCCCCUUCUAAAAGGAAAUGUAUGGUACAUUGCCAUUAAUUAUGCUGCUACAGGGGUCAGCUAGUGAAGCUAUAAAACACAAUGCACUGGACUAUUCCUAAGUCGGAAAUGGCUUCCUCUUUAUCUUUACUGAUAAUCUACAAUUUUGCAUGUAUCCCUUCAUAUGCCAGUUUGCACACACUUAUUAAGCCUUUCUAAUUUACCCUAUCUGUUCUUUGUUACCAAAGUGCAUUGCUACCAAUUCAGUAUUACAGGAGAAUUGGACUCAACGACUUUUUGCAAUUGGAAUUACAAUAAGUCUGACUGUAUCUGGUGCCUUAUCAACAAAGGACACAGUGUAUGUUUUUUUUUAUCCAAAAAGAUCAAAAAAUGUCCAACAAAUAAUUAAAACCACAGUUACUGUCAUCUGUGGUGUUUAUUACACAAAUAUCAUUUUAUGGAAGUUAUGUAACUAGCAUGUUGUCAUAGAUACAGAUAUCAAAUGUACUGGGUUUGAGGGUUUCUCUCUCUCUAUUCAUUCUGGUAAUAUUUCAGCUAGCUUUGUAAUCUCCAUUCAAACUGCAACUGCCACUAUUGUGGUGGUGAUAUAUAUAUACGUAAAUAAGGUUUUCAGUAAUUGGUGAAUUCUCCCAGGGUUAAAGCAAUGAAUGGUUUCUGCACUAUUUGCCAAUAAUUCUAAUGAAACCAUCUGUUGUGUUAGCGUCUAUGUUUUUCUUGCAAUUAAAAAUUAAAAAAAAAUGUAAAUAUA